AUGAUAAUAAGUGUUAAAAGUGAUCGUUGUCGUCCAUGGAAUCAUCUGAGAAGCAAACUCCCAGGUCUAGCAAUGCAUUUAAAAACAAGCCUGGGCGAGGCUAGUAGACGUACAUCUGUAGACUCAAGAAAAAAAAGUAAUCCUAAAUGUAUGAGAGGAAAAGCUUAUGCUAAGCUUAUUCAAACCAAAUCUCAACGUAGAAUCCUGAAUGGUCGUAUUGCUAACCGUUCUGCUUUGUACAGGUUAAAAUGCAGAACUUCACAGGCUGUGUAUGUUACUAAACGACCAUAUAGGCGUCGUAUUCCAAAUGUCAAUUCUCAGGCAAAUACUUCGAACGAUAUUUUACCACAAACUAACUCUGAGUUUGGUAUCAUUCCUACUAAUGAAAACCCAGUUGAGCAGGUUCAAUCGGUUAGUUGUUCCAACAGACCAACAGGUUUUAAACGAAAAUACACUCGACGCAAUCCAUCUUCAAGAUUUUCUUAUACUAGAAAACCUAAUGCUAGAAGUGCACAGUCCAACUACGCUAACUCAAUUGUUGAUUUUAAUAACCUGGUUAAAAAGCAGGAGGCAUUUAUACGGGCUUUUGCUAUCCCAACACACCUAUAUAGAUAUCUUUCCCAUCGUCAUCGUGAUCGUCCGUUAUAUCUGGACCGUACUCUCAGCUACUUGAUGCCAAAUCCAUCCCGUAAACAGUCAUCUGGUUCACGUCGAAGCAUAAACAGAAUUGUAGAACGUUUAAUUGAAAGACGAAAAGAUUGCAAACAGAAUGAUGAAUUGAAGGAUUCCAGUAAGUACUUAGAAUCCACUUCGUCUUCCUCUUCAACUACUCCUGGUGAAUUGCCUCAAGAAUUAGAACUCAUUUUUGAAGGCUUUUACGAUAGUGAAAAAGAAAUGGAUUGGGUCACCGUGGACGCUUCUGUUAAUGUUCAUUUACGCUUUGGAUGGGCAUGGCGCCGUAAAAUAUGCCCAGACGAUACAAUUUUGAAUAUAACGCCAAAUCCAAUUCGAAUAAACUGUUACAGUCAUUCAACUGGUUACACUUCCCUAGUUAACUCACCGCCCACUUCAAAUAAUGAUAAUAGUACUACUGCUACUACAAAUACUACUCGUACCGCUUGUCGUUUCUCAUUAACCGAUCUAAUUAAUCAAGUUAAAUGGAAUACAUCUAGUGGUCGUUUAACAUCGGCUCAGUUGGAAUUACAUGUUUCCGCCACUGAACGACGUUGGUUAAAACGUCCCGAUUUAAGUCAUGGAGCAGUUAGUUUGAAUGGAAUUACUCCAAACAUUUCAAACAACUUAACAAAUCAUAUUAAUCAUAUAAACCAUAACAAUAAUGGUAAUAAUAACCCAUCCCAAAAUUCUUCGAAAAGUGCUCAUACUGAUGGAAAAAACAUUAAUAGCCAUACGACAUUUAUCAGUGGUAAUCUAUUGCGUAAAGGUGGUUUAAGUUCAAAUUCCUAUCCGGUUCAAUAUUCUACAGCUCCAUUGCCUUUGAUCGUAUCUUCGAUUGGUUUCGAUAGUUCUCAUACCGGUCGUCAACUGCUUCUGACUCCUGGUUUAUAUGAAUUACGCCUUGGUGUAGACACAUCCGACGGCAAUGUUAGUAACAGUGGUAGUAAUGGUAGAGUGAUGAAUAAAGUUGUACCAUUAAAAUGUUUGGAUGACAAUACAAGUGAAAAGUCAUAUGUUUCAGCUAACAACGACAAAGUAAAUGACGCGUGCUCUGGUCAAGUUGAAUGGAGGCGUAUUCGCUUCCCUAAUUCUUCAACGGCACUGGAUGAGUAUUCUCGAUGGCCUGGUCUUCGGUUUUCUGUCAUAUGGCAUAAUAAAUUGGAAAAUAAUCAGAUCACUUCACCCUGUAGAUCGAUGGAAACUCGAAGACAAGAUAAUACCCAUAUGCAUGCGGAGGGUCGAUCUUCACUUACACGUUCCAUGACAAAUUCUCAUAAUCGAGAUGUUAUCAAGUUGCAAAAUCAGUCUGUCACACCACAUAAACAAAUAGUUUUAAAGGAGUCUUGCGAUUCUUCUGUAUACAAAGAUUCAACCGGUUUAGAUAAAUGUCUCUCUAAUCGUGUACAACAAAGUCUCUCUGCUCAUUCUGGACCAGAUGUUGAUAAGCCCACGUCUACGAAGACGCCACCCUUAAUCCAUCCAAUCACAUACGGUUUUGUAUUCGGGGGUAAUUUACAACAGUGGUCCCAGUCUACUGAUCUUGUUUGUCCAUGGUGCCACCUAGAUUGUGCUCGUGCGGGUGAUAAAGGUCCUGAAGCCUUGGUUCUUCAUCUUCGGACUUGUCAUCCAAGAUUUCGUCUCAAGGUUAUAUGGGAUUCAUCACAUACACAGCUAAGCCUACAAGUUUCAUUAAAUGAAGCAUAUGACGGUUCAAAUGAUUGUGGUAUACGUAGAUGGUGUCCGAGCGGUCGGAAUAUUUUCAUUUUACGACAUCAUGUCACUCCAUCAUCAUCUGGUCAGUUAGUCGGUAGUUGUGCUGCCCUAGGUACGAAUAGUAAUCCCAAACAGUCGGGUAAUCAAGGUCGUCAUUCUACUUCUCCAACUAUAAUUGAUGCCACCGUUCGAAUUCGUUGUCCUGUUCGACGAUUGCCGUACACACAUUUGAUAUUUUGGCGUGGUGCUGAAUUGUCAACUGAUCAGUUACUUGAUCCUACAUUAUCAGUACGACCUAUGGUCACUGGACAUAAUCGUAUUUAUUAUCAUACGCGUACAUCCCAGCCUGUUCGUGCUUGUGAAUUUGAUGUGGACUCUGAAGCGGAAGAUGCUCCAGUCUGGCUUCGUCAACAUUAUCAACGUAAAGUGGAGGAGUUCACCGAUGUGAAUCAGGGUGAAAAACAAAUUAUGCAAUUGUGGAAUGCUUUACUACUAUCAAUUCGUCCAUCUGGUUUAGUAGUUUGUGAUGGUCAAGUAUUAACAUUAGUCUGUCAAUUUAUACAUCAGCAUAGUCGAUGGAUUCAUAGACGACGUCUACGUACUAAUCUAUUGUUACAUUUAGUGAAUCUUGUUGAUUAUGGCUUAUUAUCAUCUAGUCAUUUACGUCAAUUAAUGUUAAUUUAUGAUAAACAUGUACAAGAAUUAAAUGCAAUUAACAAUACAUCAGUGAAUAAUAAUCACAUUACCAAUACACAACCAUUAUCAUCUCCAUCGAAUGCUUCAACAACAUCUCUUUUACCUGACUCUAAAUUAGUUAAUUGUCAUAUUAAUAAGUCACAACCAAUUAUUCCACGUCUUCUUCAGAUGUUCUCUUCAACAUCUAAUUCAUAGUGCAAAAAAAUUCAAUGCUGCAUACACUCUUGUUUCCCAAUGUGGAUACUCCUCCCCUCUAUGUGUGUGUGUGUGUGUGUAAAUCAAUGCAUUUUUAUUUACAGAUAUUUCCAUAUAGGCUAUAUAAAUUAUUUUUCCGGAUUUUUAAUUUCCUUUUUUACAAUGAAAUCACAUAAUAAGUAUGUCUAUGUGUACGUUUCUUCUCUCCUUAGAAGGAUGCUCAAUUUUUUUCUCUCCACUUUUCAUCUUUCCUGUGUGUUUUGUGCAGUUAUUCAAUCAUGUAAAACCUCAACACCAUUUUGAUUGUUUUGUAUUUUUACAAAAAAAAAAAAUUUCUAUAUUUUACAAACUCCCAGGGUUUACAUAUUUGUCUAUAAACUUACAUACGUACAACUAUGUGUAAUUAUUAAAGACAAUGUGAUCUUUAUAAAUUUUAUAAACUAUUUGUAUUUCUGUAGUGUAUACAAAUGUUCCUUCCACUCCCCCCUUUAUCGUUAUUCAUUUAUUGAAUAUCAAUUUUCCAUUGAACAGCUAACUAUCCUCAGGGGACGUUCAUCUGCUUGGUUCCUAGUAGUGUUUUUUUUCUCGUCUUUUCUGCUCUUUCACUAUAAUAUAUACAUAUAUGUGUGUGCUUUCUCUUCAGCUAUAAUCGGUUGUUUUGUAGCCUGUUCAUGUACAUGUAUAUAUAUACGUAUGUGCCAUGCAUAUUAUCUCGUCAAUUGUGUAAUAACAAAAUGUUAAAAAUAUGUGCCUUCUUCACAUUGAUGAUGAAUUUCUAAAAAAAAAAUGAUGAUAAAGAGCAGUCUCAUAUUAUCAUCAUUAUUACUAGUAUUAUUCUUAUUAGAUUAUGUUUUUUCAACAAUACAAAUGUGUACCAUAUAUGUAUGUGUGUAUAAAGAGGUAUUCAACAACUUUCUUGUUUAUUAACAAUUGUUUAUCUGUUUAAUUAUGAUUGUUUUCUAUUCUGGUUUAUCAUUCAACUGUGUGGUUUAAUGUAUGAUGUAAAAAAAAGAUAAGCGUAGUCAAGUUCAAAAGCUCAUUUAUAUUGGCAAGAGAACAUAAUGUAAUCGCUAUUAUUCUUUAGGUAGGAUUUUUUUUAAUUGUCCAUUUAUGGUUAUUAUGACUACUACUAUUCUUUUUAAUUUUUUUAUAGUAUGGUAUCUUAGCUCUUAUUUUUUUGCUUUAAAAUUGUCAGAAGUGCAAAGUAUAGUUAAAUGAAUGACUGACUGACUUGUUUAGUUGUAUUUUUCUUCUAUCUAAUUCUAUGAACAGUGUAUAUUAUUAUAUUAUCAAAAAAUAUUUUUCUAUUACUACUAUUACGUAAUAGCCGGUUGCUGUCCUCGUUGUUGUUAGUGUUGUUGUUGUUAUGAUUAACUCAGGCUUGUUUGUGUUCCGCACAUAUUAUGAUUGAUGAUCUUAUAACAUUUUUUCUACUUCUACUCAACAAAUAUUAGUUCAAUUAACUUUUUUUCCAACCUAAGAUGUAGUUAUGAUUUUUUUUUCCUAUGUGUGUGUGUAUAUUUACGUUUUCUUUAGUAUAUAGGAUAAGUUUAUUUUUGUUUCGAUUGGAUUUUGGUCUCAAUCACUUAUUCCGGCUUACUUAUUUACUAUGACUAUUCCAGAUGAUGACAAUGCUUUUGCAUUUUUUUGUGUGUGUAUGUUUUAGGAAUAUAUAUAUAUAUUUACUUGUCUCCCUAUCCCUCCUCCCUUUGGUUAUGAUUAUAGGAGUUUUUUGUGGCGCAUUCAAUUGUGCGAACAUUUAUUAUUGUAUGAUUCGUUAAUUAAUUUUGUCCUAUGUACUUAGGAUUUAUACAUAUAAUACGUAUUAGCUUUAAUUGUCAUUCAAACAACACAUAUAUACAUAAAUAUUUAUUUACUGUAAUGCCAUCUUCAUGUUUGUACAUGUUUUCUACAUCUUAUUCUCAUUUCUUUCUUUUUCAUUUAAUCGUCUUUGUUUACUUAUUCACAGGAAACUGAUUCCUAAUGUUAUCUUAUUUUGCAUUCUUCUGGCAGCUACCUGUUCUUUUUUGUGUAUAUGAUGCGACCAUGUUUGUGUGUGUGUGUGCGAGUACACACACACACAAAGGUAAAACACCUUUUUGAUAUCUAUAAGACUAAUGUUUCCUUUUUGAGAUGUUAUCUCUCUCUAUGUUUGCUUGUUCAGAAAGUUUUGUGUGUGUUUGUACUCGUUCCAUUUCAACUACCCUUUACGUUUUAUACUUUUUUUCAAUAUAGUAAUAGUAACAAUUUUUUUUGUAAAAGAUGUUUCCAUCUACUUUUUUAUACUCGAACGUAUAUGUAUAUGUUGAGUUAUUAAAAAGAGUGCUUAAUGCACUGUAUAGGCUUUUCCUAUUUCAAAAUAAAAAUUUCUAAUUAUUUAUUUGUAUUUGUUCUUGUCCAUUGAGUCAUAGUUUUAUGCUGUGAUUGUUUUUGCCUAACUUUUUUGUGCUGUUGUUGUUUAGUGAUGAUGAUGAUUUAACUUCUUUAAAGUAGUCGUAGUCCUAUUUUUGCCUACCUUCUAAAUAUUUUUCUACGAAAUACCAUGCAUUCACUAGUGACCAGCUUUAAAGGAAGUUCUCAGCGUUUUAGUGAGAAACCGUAACCAGUGUAGUUCGACCAUGUCGGAUGUGAGGAGGUUACCCACCGAAAACAGUGAAAAAUAGUUACACAGUAUCACGGGUUUGUUGAAAUCAGAUCUAUACACCAUUGAACUCCAAAUCACUGUUCUAGACGUCUCACUAUCGUGCACGAAACCGAAUGUCUUGGGUUUUAUCCCUGGUUGCGAGAUCGUGGGUGCUCACUGAUGAGUCCCAUACCAGAAUUAAACGGUAGUCCAGUGCCUCCAGGUUAUCAGUGACUGUCUACCACAGAUCGGUUCAGAAUGUCGAUGUAAUAGCGGAGGUUUUUGAACAACUAACACUUCCAUCCUAGGUGUUCGUUACAUCAAACAAACAAAAUCCGCUUGUUGUAGAUAAAAAUGAACAGUCUAGUGUUUUUGUAUCAUGAUAGCUGAAUAAAUAUAUUUCAACCAAUCGUAGAUAUUGUGAAAUUACUUUAGUCCAAGCUAAACUGAGUAAACUAGAUAACUGAAAUGUCAGUGAUGGGAAAAGUUUACCCAUUAUCUUUCAACAGUACUUGAAUGAAUAAGUAAUAAUGGAUGAAUGUAAUAAAAUUACCUUAGUUUUUUUAAUCCCAAGAAUUUAUGUAAACUGUGUCUUAUCAACUGCUUGUCUGUUAAUCCCGAUGCAGAAGACUGUUUUCCGAGGACUUUUAACGUAGUCCAUUAAAUAUUAGGGCAUAACUUAAAAUUUUUAGUAUCUCUCGAAUAGCGCUUGUUGUUUUAGGUGAAUUCUGUAUUUAAAUGUGAGUAGCUUCCAUUGGUUAUCAAUUCUUAGAUGACAUUGAGUGAGAAAAUAUCAUUUUGAAAAAAACAUCAACUUGACGAUAGACCAUUGGAUUUGAUAAUCAUUCCUAAAUACUGUCGAUUAUAAAUGAAUUGUAUUACGAGUACAUUUAGAUUUUAUAUAAGCUCAUUACUCAUGAUCUUGUGUGUUCAACCGUUUCAUUCUUAUAUGUAAAUGCCCUAUUUCAUAAAACUAGUUAUGUUAACGUAGAAUAUACAGCUGGUACUUUUAAUUUUUUAAAGUCAUGUCCUCGUUUUAUAGUCUGAGGUGUUAUUCAGUUACUUCCCCAUUCUUUAUAUUGUGUGAUUGUACAUUUUAAAAAAUAAACUCUAAGCUGUAUCCCUUCAUAAAUAUAGUUUCUG